CCAUCCUAUAAAAUCGCCCAUUGUCGCGCUGAACAGACCAUGUCAACAUCCGAGCACAAUCUAUCUUCACAGCCAUGCAUUUCAAGCGCACCAUCAGCAUCGUGGACUGCCACUGCGCCGGGGAGGUCGGCGACGUGAUCGUGGGCGGCGUGCUGGACCCGCCCGGCUGCAGCAGCAUGUACGAGAAGCUGGCGCAUUUCCGCGACCGCGAGGACCACAUCCGCCAGCUGCUGCUGAACGAGCCCCGCGGCCGGCCGGCCAUGUGCAUGAACCUCGUCCUGCCGCCGUGCAACCCCGAGGCCGACGCGGGGUUCCUCAUCAUGGAGAGCGAGGAGUACCCGCCCAUGUCCGGCGGCAACAUCAUCUGCACCACCACCGUGCUGCUGGACACGGGCAUGGUGGCGAUGCACGAGCCCGUCACCGAACUUCUGCUGGAUACCGCGGCUGGCCCCGUCGCGGUCACCGCCGACUGCGCGAAUGGGAAAUGCACCGCCGUCGCGUUCCAUAACGUGCCUGCCUUUGUCUUUGCGCUGGAUCUCCCCGUCCAGGUCCCGGGGCUGGGGACGGUGUCUGUGGAUAUUGCCUGGGGUGGGAUGAUCUAUGCCAUUGUCGAUGCGACGAAGAUUGCCGGGGGGUUGAAGAUUGAGAACCGCAAUGGGCCGAAGUUGAUUGAGAUUGGGGAGCGCAUUAAGCAGGCUGUGCAGCAGAGUGACUUCGUGCCCGUGCACCCGGACAACCCGCAGAUUCGAGGGGUCAGUAUUCUGGAGUUCACUGAGCCCUUGACUGGGUCUGCUUCGACGGGUGAUUUGACGGCUGUGAAUACGGUCGUGGUGUCGCCGGGUCGAUUUGACCGGUGUCCCUGUGGAACGGGGAGCUCAGCGCGCAUGGCGGUGAUGCAUGCGCGGAGUCAGCUGCAAGUUGGGGGGAAGUUCCAGCACCGCAGCAUCAUCGGCAGUAGCUUUGAGUGCUGGAUUGAGGGGACCACGCGGGUGGGCCAGUACGAGGCGGUGCUUCCGGUCGUCAAGGGCAGCGCGUGGAUCACCGGGUUUCGCCAGGUGGGGUUGGAUCCUACCGACCCGUUUCCGGUGGGCUUCAGAGUCGGAGACCAGUGGCAUGUAGCGGAUGAUGCUGGAAUAUCUUGA